UCUUUCUUCCAUGCACCCACUAUAUCCCAACCAUCUGGCAUUCUCUUCUCUCGCUCCUAUUCAUAACCUCAAUAACACAACUUUUCGGUCCCUUUCUCUCCUCAUUCCUCUGCAAUUCACAUCCAACUUGGUUCUCAGUAACCAGGACUAGAGAGCGAUUCCCAUUGCUUUCGGUGGAUACAGUUUCAUUCUUUUCGACAUUUCCCACUUACCCUUUUCAGAUUUUCCCUGGAAAAUCGGAGGUGAACGAAGAUGAAUGCAUUUGCCUCAGAAUGCAGCAGUGGAUGUGAGUCUGGUUGGACUCUGUACCUUGAACAAUCUUUCCUGAACCAGAAUGGUUCACACAGAGAUAAUCGAUUUUAUGGUGAAUACAAAGAGAAAAGAGAGCAGAACGAGGAGGAGGCUAUGGAGGAGGAUCUGUCUAUGGUUUCUGAUGCUUCUUCUGGGCCUCCACAUUUCCCAGAGGAUGAGACUUACUUCAAUGAAGAUAAUGGGUGCUUUUAUCCUCCAGUGUCUUCGAAAACAGCCAAACUGGAGAAAACUAGUAAAGCGAGAAAGAAAGUCGGAGAAAAUCAACACCUGCUUUCUCUGCUUGAUGACACUGCAAGCUCUCCUGUUUACGACUUCUCUAAGAACGAUGUCACUAUGACCAAUCAACAAGGUUCAGCAGAGAGCAUGCUGGAUUAUUCACAAGGUUUCUCUGCAACUUAUUUUGAGGAGAGAUCUUCAUUCCCAGACAAUUAUGGUUAUCUGCAAUCAUCUAUAUCACAAAAUGAGCUUCAGAAUAACCACAGGCGGUAUGGAGGGAAAAUGAGAUGAAGAUAAGGCGAGUUCCAUUGAUGGCUGCCAAGAAGUUGCAGCAGAAGUUACUGAAAAUCAAUGUAGGGAGAAUUCGAGUGUGAAAGGAAUUUGAUCUCAGAAGAGAUUAUGGCCCGGUUCUUUUCUUUUCUGUCAGUGCAGUGGAAAACAACCUGCAGAAAAAGAAGUUAGAUUUUGUUUUUCUCAUUUACUUUUUGCCAGCAAAAUUUUAAUGUUCUUGUCAAUGAAUAGUGGAUACAAGUAAGCUAAGUUAGGCAGGCUCUGUAUAAGCAUGCGCAUUCCCUUGUUUUUGAUGAAGACCCAUGCUCACUUUAUAUCAGCAA